UUUAUCAUUCAGGUCCCAAUGAAAAUAAUUUCUUGUUUUCUCUGUAAGUUGCAAGUUAUACUUCCACCCCACCAGCCAUGACAUAGUUUCAUUCUGCUACUUUAUCUCUGAUAAAUCUUGCAAUCUUCCUAUGAUUCAAAAUCAAUUCCCUAAAAGGUUAACAAUUGCCAAGUUCAGUGGUUGACAUUCAAAAAAAGCAUAGUGCUGGCAUUCAAUAUCAAUUACAGAAAAGAUUGAGUUGAGAAUGUUGGGUAAUUGUUCUGGAGCAGUUCUGGCAUUCUUUUGCUUCCUUUUGGCAUUAAGCUUCUGCACUAAGCUUGCUUCAGCUGAUAUUGGAUGCGAAAAAACAAGGUGCAGUUCUCAUGCCCCCACUAUUCAGUACCCUUUCCGAUUGCAAAGCACACAACCACAAAAGUGCGGUGAAACUGGUUUUGAUCUUUCAUGCAGUGAGAACCACAAAACCAUGCUAGAAUUGCCACUUUCAGUAAAACUUGCUGUCAACAAAAUCGAUUACAAGUCCCACACAGUUCAUGUCACUGUCCCAGAUGGGUUGUGCCUUCCAAAACUCCUCUCCCAUCUCAACAUGUCUGCAACUCCUUUUCACUUCCUUGAAAAUCCCUUUUACCAUGCAAACUACACCUUAUUUAAUUGUUCAUCCAUGAACACAGCUUUGAAUUCUUAUUCUUCAAUUUCAUGCCUUUCUGGUUCCGGAUACAAAGUUUAUGCCUUGAACUCCUCACUUCGAAUCAAGGAUGUUACUUUGUCAUACUGCACUAAGUUGUACGACCUACCAUCAGUUCCAAGUUAUGUUUUUCACCAGCAGAAUGAUCUUAUUUUAAGCUGGGAUGAAAGCUGUGAUAAUCAAACAAAUCAUGAAUGUUACAAGAUUCUCCACAAAUCCAAAGGUCCAUGGAAAAAAGUGGAGAUUCUAGCACCAAUCCUAUUAUUUAUUCUAAUCUUGCUACUGGUGAUUGUGCUAUAUCGUGUCCGCUACACAAGCCAAAAAGACAAAGAAAACCAAGCAAGAAUAGAGAACUUCUUGGAAAACUACAGAGCACUCAAACCCACGAGAUACUCCUAUGCAGACAUCAAGAGGAUCACAAGCAAUUUCAAGAACGAGCUGGGGCAGGGAGCGUAUGGAAUGGUGUACAAAGGCAAAUUAUCCGGCGAGAUUUUCGUGGCGGUUAAGCUUCUUGCGAGCUCCACCACCGGUAACGGACCGGAGUUCAUCAAUGAGGUUGUGACAAUGGGGCAAAUCCACCAUGUCAACGUGGUUCGCUUGGUUGGUUUCUGCGCAGAUGGACACACACGAGCUCUAGUUUACGAGUACUUACCAAAUGGUUCUUUGCAGAAGUUCAUAUCCACCACAGAUUUCAAAAACCAUUUCCUGAGCUGGGAGAAGCUGCAAGAAAUUGCAGUGGGGAUAGCUAAAGGGAUUGAGUAUCUUCACCAAGGGUGUGACCAGAGGAUCCUGCAUUUUGAUAUCAAGCCUCAUAAUGUGUUACUUGACCACCAUUUUAUUCCCAAGAUAUCUGAUUUCGGAAUGGCUAAGCUUUGUUCCAAGGACCAAAGCGCAGUUUCCAUGACCGCGGCGAGAGGAACUGUAGGCUACAUAGCACCAGAAGUGUUCUCUAGGAACUUUGGGAAUGUGUCAUACAAGUCUGAUGUGUAUAGUUUUGGGAUGUUGUUGCUUGAGAUGGUGGGAGGAAGACAGAAUGUUAAUGUUAAUGUUGAUGUUGAUGAUGGUGCUAAGAGAACUGGUGUGGGCUAUUUUCCUGAAUGGAUUUACAAUCAGUUAGAGCAAGGUGGUGACUUGAGAGAACACAUUGAGGUGGAGAAGUAUGCUAACAUAGCUAAGAAGCUUGCAAUUGUGGGACUCUCCUGCAUUCAAUGGCACCCGGUUGAUCGUCCUUCUAUGCAAGUUGUGGUUCACAUGUUGGAUGGAGAUGGAGGAAACUUAAGUUUGCCAUCCAAUCCUUUUGCUUCUGCUGAUCCAGUUAUAAUGAAUGUUAAUAUGCUUGGAAGGCAGCUUCACAGGGAGUAGUGGUUUGGUUUCCUUUGUUGUGUCUUUAAUCAUAUGCUUUUAGCUUAUGAAUAAGAGUUGUUGGUCUCUCUCAUUACAUGCAUCAAUUUACUUUGGAGGCAACAGAUUAUGAAUGAUAAUAUAACCUCAGCCAUUUUUAUACUACAUUGGCCAAGUAAUUUUUAUGUGUUUUUUC